GUGGAUGCGGCGUCCGCGGAGAGAGGAGGGAGAAGGCGGCCCCGGAGUGUCCUGAGGAGCCCCGGAGGGAUGGUGGGAGAUGGCAGAUGAAGGAAUGAUGGGAUCUCUCCGUGGAAGGAGGCUGGAAUGGGUGGAAAUCAUCGAGCCUCGGACCCGGGAGCGCAUGUACGCCAACCUCAUCACGGGGGAGUGCGUGUGGGACCCGCCCGCCGGGGUGCGGAUCAAGCGCACCAAUGAGAACCAGUGGUGGGAGCUCUUCGACCCCAACACCUCCCGCUUCUACUACUACAAUGCCACCACGCAGAGGACGGUGUGGCACCGUCCCCAGAACUGCGACAUCAUCCCGCUGGCCAAGCUGCAGACGCUGAAGCAGAACACGGAGUCGCCGCGGGCUUCCACGGAAAACAGCCCCGGCAGGAGCAGCAAUGUCAGCAGGGAGGGAAGCACCAGCUCGUCCUUGGAGCAGGAGCUGGAGGGCAACGAGAAGGUGCAGGAGCAGCGCUCGAGCCGCCAGUCCAGCCAGUAUUCCGUGGUGAAGGAGGAAACGGAAAGUUCGUCGCCUUCCGGAGUGUUCGAGAAGGAAUACGACAUUUAUCGGGAUUACAGCGCGGAAGGACAACUCCUGCACUACAGGACCUCAUCCCUCCGAUGGAACGCCGGCACCAAGGAGCGGAUGCUGAUCAAGGUGACGGAUCGGGAGCCCAGCUUCCUCCUCCACCAAGGCAACGGCUACGCCCCGGAAAACCAACCUGGCUCCCGCUCCCGCCGGCCCUCGGGCGGCCAGCAGUCGCCCAACCUCCAAACCUUCUCCUCGGACACCGACAACUCCGUCUUCUUCCCGGAGAGGAAGCAGUCGCCCUUCCUGAAGAGGGCCGAGCACGUGGGCAGCUGCUCACCGCUGCUGGGCCGGGGCGAUUCCUUCUGCUCGCCGCUCCAAGCCCAGCACCGCAAACAUUCCAGCGAAUCCCAGCCCUCGUCGCCCCGCUACGCCUACGAGCCCCCGCUCUACGAGGAGCCCCCCAUGGAAUACCAGGCUCCCAUCUACGAUGAGCCGCCCGUGGACAUGCAGUACGAAGCCAGCGGGAGCUACAAGGCCGGGUCGCCGCAGAAAUCGCCCAUCCGCAAGCCUCACCCUUUCCUCCAGUCGCCCAAGCAAGGCUCCAACUCGCCCUACCAGCAGUUGGUGCUCACCAAGCAGAAAUGUCCCGACCGCUUCAUGAGCCUGGAAUACAGCCCGGCCGGCAAGGAGUACGUCCGGCAGUUGGUCUACGUGGAGCAGUCGGGCUCCAGCCCCAAGAUGAAGACGGGCUUGAGGCACAAAUAUUCCCCCAACCCCAUCGGCGGCUCCUACUCGCUGCAGCACAGCCCCUGCCUGGUGCGGGACCAACGCCUGGAGAUCAAAUCGGGCGACUACAGCAGCAUGGAGGGACCCGACUUCUGCCCCGGCCCCACGGGGGCCCAGGUGGCCCAGGGCGAGGACUCCAUGUCGUGGUCCAGCCAGCAGGACACCUUGUCCUCCACCGGUUACUCGCCCUCCACCAGGAAGAGGAAAAGCCGGAAGCCUUCGGUGAACCACGACGUCAACGCCUCCUCCACGGACGGCUCAGGGGAGCGGGAGGUGUUGGGCGAGCUGGGUGAGGAACGAGCCACGCCGGGGCCCAACAGGUCGCCGAUGAACCGGACGGAGAGCAAGGCGGCCGAGGCGGAGGCGGCGCGGGGCUUCCCGGAGCCGUUCCUGGCGCAGGCGCGCCUGGCGUGGGAAGCGCAGCAGGCUCACUACCACAUGAAGCAACGGAGCAGCUGGGAUUCCCAAAAGGACGGUUCGGGCUACGAGAGCGACGGGGCCCUCCCGCUGCCCAUGCCGGGCCCGGUGGUGCGAGCCUUCAGCGAGGACGAGGCGUUGGCGCAGCAGGAGAACAAGCACUGGAAGAGGAACACCUUCGAGAAGCUGGGCUUCCCCCAGAUCCUGCUGGAGAAGAGCGUCUCCGUCCAGACCAACCUGGCGUCCCCUGAGCCCUACCUGCAUCCAUCUCAGUCCGAGGACCUCGGCGCCUGCGCGCAGUUCGAGAGCAGCCGGCAGACGCGGAACAUGAUGCCGAGCGCCAGCUGCGUCUUCCCCACCUUCAACCUGCGCAAGCCCUCCUCGGAGACGGACAUUGAGAACUGGGCCUCCAAGCACUUCAACAAGCACACCCAAGGGCUCUUCCGCCGGAAGGUCUCCAUCGCCAACAUGCUGGCCUGGAGCAGCGAAUCCAUCAAGAAACCCAUGAUCAUGACCAACGACCGCAACGUCAAGAAGGAGGCGUGCGAGAUCUUCAAGCUCAUCCAGAUGUACAUGGGCGACCGGCGGGCCAAGACGGACCAGCUCAACGUGGCCUUGGAGAUCGCCACCAAAGGUUGGAGCAUGCAGGGGCUGCGAGACGAGCUCUACAUCCAGCUGUGCCGGCAGACCACCGAGAACUUCCGUUACGAGAGCCUGGCCCGCGGCUGGGAGCUCAUGGCCAUUUGUUUGGCCUUUUUCCCACCCACUCCCAAAUUCCAUUCCUACCUUGAAGGAUACAUUUACCGGCACAUGGAUCCGGUGAAUGACACCAAAGUCUCGCGGCACCUGCGGCACCUCCUGGCAAGGACCAAUCAGAAGAAACCCAAAUUGCGCAAGAAACCCAAGCCCCAGAGCGAGGAGAUCCCGGGUAGGGGGCUCGUUAAUUAA